UAGAAGAAAAAAGAAGAAAUGCUGAUAAAUUAUAUGAAAAAAUGAGGGAGCAAUUCAGAGAAAAAGAAGAGCAGUAUAAUAAAGAAGUUGAAAUGAAACAACAACUUGAACUUCUUGCAACAGUAGGUGCGGAAUUGAGGAGUGUAAAAAAUAAUUUGGAUCAGUUCCAAGAAGCACAAGAUCGACAUGCAGAGGCUGUAAGAUGUAUUGAGACGUCGAAAGAUCACGUGCAAAAGCUUGAAGUUGAAAAUGCCAAGUUAAAAGUUACAGUCAAAAAACAAGCACGCAAAAUUGAACAACUUCAGGAAAACCUGUUAAGUACAAGUUCGAAAAAGAAAUUUAUUGAGUUGAAAAAAUCUCUGGAAUGUAGUUUGGAUCAAGAAAUGAAGAAAAUUGGUGAAUUAGAAAAAGAGAUUACUAGCGCUUUCUUUAGAGAUGAAAUUCAGAAAGGAGCAGUAGAAGUGGAGAUAUUAGAAGAAGAAGAGUGUAUUCAUCCAGAAGGACUUGAGGACUUGAGGAAAACUCAAGUAUCUCCACCAGAAACAGAUUAUUUCAAAUCUGCACCUCCAACCUUGAAGCUCUACCUCCAGCUAGAAACUCCUAGUAUUCGAUUAUCCAAUUACCGAAAAUAUACUACAUGGACAUUCCAUCAAAUUCAACAUAUACAGAAAAAAACCUGGUCUUCCCUACUCCCACCGCUCUCCUCUCUUCAUCCGAUAAAGUCCUACUCAUUCUUCAUGUCCAAUUUAAAUGCUAGUGUACAACCUGGAAACAUAUGA